CGGAGCGCGCGGACGGACGGAGCCCAAGCCCCAGCCCGGCCAUCAGCGACGGUCUGCGCGGGCCAUGUGGGCACCCGGGGUCACAGCCGAGGGCCUGUCGGGGGCGCCGGCGCCGCCGCCCAUGCUGCCGCUGCUGCUGCUGGCGCUGGUGGCGCCCUCGCGGGGCGGCGGGGGCUGCGCGGAGCUGGGGUGCGGGGAGCGGGAGCGCUGCUGCGACGCGGCCAACGCCACGGCCGUGCGCUGCUGCAAGCCGUCGCUGCACGCCUUCCUCGACAGCGUGGGCUGGUUCGUUCGCAAGCUCUCCGGGCUGCUCAUCCUUCUGGUGCUCUUCGCCAUCGGCUACCUCCUGCAGCGCAUCAUCUGCCCCAGCCCACGCCGGUACCCGCGAGGGCAGGCGCGGCCCGGGCAGGCGCGGCCGGGGCCGCCGGGGGCCGCGGGGCCGCCCGACGACGACGACGACUCGCCCGCGCUCCUGCGCGACGAGGCGGCCGCCGGCUCCCAGGACUCGCUGCUGGACAGUGGCGGCGGGGGCCGGGACCGGGGCGGUGGCGGGCGCGCAGCCCCCUUCUGCGCCUCGGAGCACGAGCUGCGCGUAGUCCCGCCGGCCUUCCUGCAGCUGCCCAGCUACGAGGAGGUCAAGACCCUGCCGACCUACGAGGAGUCCAUGCGGCUGCAGCAGCCACGCCCCGGGGACAUCGUGCUGCCCGUGUCGGUGCUCGGCCACCCGCGAGGCGGCGGUGCCGCCGAGGAGUCCGACAACGGCGACGGCCACUUCCCGCUCAUCUGAGCCCCGGGGACCCUCGAGGACACGCGGACAGAACGGGCUGGGGCUGCGGGUGGGACGCAGCGGCCGGUGUGGCCGAGACUGCCACCAGCUGCCCCAGACCCCUCUUGGCACCCCAGCCCAAUCGCCCGUCGCCCGGUGACUGGGUUGGGGUCAUCCCCACCCCCGUUCUCCCCCGGAAUCUUAAGUUUCCCUGCGUGUCGUUCGGUUCAAGGAGACAUUAGGAGCGCGGCGGGGCGACUGCUGCGGAUGCGCCCAGAGCGCAAUUUCGAAAGACGUCCCGCCCUCCGCCUCGCCUCAGAUUCAGUUCGCUCGUAAGUGCCUGCUUCCCCCAUCAGAGAACACGUGAGCCCAUCAGUGUGUCGGGAGAAGGGCGGCAUCCUUUAGCGAUGAGGGAAAAGGGACGCAGUUCCAUUUCUUUCCUUCUCGCCUGGACAGGUCACGGUCUCCCAGGAUGCGCGGAGGGCGAGGAGCCGGAGGGGGCGAGCCGCGACGGGAGACUGCGCGCAGGUCUGGGAGAGCAGCGGCUAGGGGUGAUGGAAGCCCUCCGUAGCGGAGACCCCCCAAACCCUCUGUGUCUUCCUGGCCCCGGGUAGUCACAGCUUCCGCCUCACAGCUUGGUGGGGCCGCCCGUGAUGCCCGGUUAAUUGCUGUGCGUUUUCAAGAUGCAGCAGUUCCGGAUAUCCAAGGCCAUAUUCGUAAUAAGAUACAGUUGGGCAUUUGAUUUUUCAAUAACUGAGAAGAUAUUUAUAUUUAUUUGUCUUUUAUUUUUAUAUUUUGACCAUGUAUUGAACGCAUCAAAAGUAUAUUUCUGCAAUUAAUGACAAAACAAUCGUCUUAUCACCUCUUUUGGGCCUUAAUGGCCAGGAAAUUGCCCAUGCUCUGUCAUUAUUCUUUAAUAAAUUAUUGGACAUUAUUUCAUUUACAAUGGAAAAAAAGGCAUGGUCAAACGGGAAAACGUAAUGUGACAUAAAAAAAACCUGAAGGAUAUCUUAUUUUCACUAUUUGAGAAGAAUACAUUUUAUUUUUAGUACUGUGGCAUAAUAUAUAACUUUUUAUAAUUACUGUACAUUACGUAGUUCAGGUCUUAAAUGUACCAUUCACCACAUAGUUAUAUGUAAGAAUGAUUGAUGCAUAUAUGCCAUACCAUGAAGCAUGAUGUCACGCACCUUCCCCUCCAUUUUUCAUUUGGAAUAUGUCCCACAACAUGAUGCAGAAUCUAAGAACCUGUGACUUGUAACUUUUGUUUAAAGCCAUACUUGUGCAGUAAUGUACUACAGAAUUCGGUCAACCUAGCUUAAGAAAAAAAUGUCAUUGUGUCAGUUCUCCCAUUCUAUGAAAUGGCCUUUAAGCAAAUGGUAAUAUAAAAUAAUAUAUUAAAGUGCAUUAGGUAUAAUGUACAUAUGCAUAUUGUCUAUGUACAAUAUACACAUUGUAUACCAUAUAAUUGUUACAGUUUAUGAUUGUCAUGAAGGGAAAAGAAGGAAAACAAAAAAGGUUUCUCUGCUUUGGGAAUGAUGGGUAUUAAGAAAGAUUACACACAUGGACCUCACACAUGUAUCUAGAAACAUUGUUCUUAUGAUUGAAAAAAUCUGACAACCUUGAGAAAUCUUAAAAUGUCUGAAUUGUAAUAGAAAAGAAUGGUUUACUUUAAACUUCUAAAAGCGAAUGACCCUGUCAUUAAAGAAAAAUCAUUUGAAGUGUAUUAAAACAUAGAAAAACAUUAAAAGCUUUCUCUGUGCAAAUUCUA